AUGAUCAUACCUGUUCGUUGCUUUACUUGUGGAAAAGUUAUCGGAAACAAGUGGGACAAGUACCUUCAACUUUUGAACUCGGAAUAUCCUGAGAAUGAUGCUUUAAACGCUCUAGGAUUGAAAAGAUAUUGUUGCAGAAGAAUGUUACUCACUCACGUUGAACUCAUUGAAAAAUUGUUGUUAUAUAAUACUACCGACAAGGACGAAGAACAAGAAGACGUACACAAUGUGUAA